AGAGUCGAGGCGCUGUGUCAGUCCGUGAAGGGGGUUGAGAACCUUUCUUCUCUGAAACUCCGCGAGGCUUUAGUUUCGAGAUCCUGUGAAGACGAGAAAUCUCGCGAGAGCCGCAAUUGCGGCUUUCCUGUGGAGGGGCGGUUAGACUGAAGGGGGUCCUUGGUUGUCACUGCGGUCCGUUUUCGUUUGUUUCCUCGGCCUUCACCUGGAUGGCCUGUUUUUCCUCUGUGCAGCAUCUUCUACCUGAGAAAUGCUCGCCUCCCCCUAGUCUAGACACGCUUUAAACAACAGUGGUAAAAGUCAGUCUACAAGCAUUGGAAUAAGACUUGCAAAAGAACGUUGUGCAGCAUGGAUUCUCUACCAGAAGAAUUUUUUGUAAGGGAUCAUCCUGUAGAGGAGCAGACUGAGGAAACCGAGAAUAAGGUAGAAAAAUCAACUGAUCAACUGGACAAACAGGAAAACGACACACCUACUGAUCUUGUCCCUGUUAACCUACUAUUAGAAGUGAAGAAGUUAUUGAAUGCAAUUAAUACUCUACCAAAAGGUGUGGUCCCUCACAUUAAGAAGUUCUUACAAGAAGAUUUUUCUUUCCAAACUAUACAGAGAGAAGUUGCAGCUAACAGCCAGAAUGGGGAGGAAGUUGUUCCUGCUUUGACUUUACGUUUCUUCAUAACACAACUGGAGGCAGCACUUCGGAACAUUCAAGCUCCCAAUUAUACUGCACAUCAGAUUAAUAUUGGUUAUUAUUUGACAUUACUGUUUUUGUAUGGAGUAGCACUCACUGAAAGAGGAAAGAAAGAGGAUUAUACAGAAGCUGAGAAUAAAUUUCUAGUGAUGAAGAUGGUGAUCCAAGAAAAUGAAAUUUGUGAAAACUUUAUGUCUUUAGUUUAUUUUGGACGUGGUUUGCUUCGAUGUGCUCAGAAAAGAUAUAAUGGAGGGCUGCUGGAAUUUCAUAAAAGCUUACAAGAAAUAGGAGAUACAAAUGAUCAUUGGUUUGACAUAGAUCCUACAGAAGAUGAAGAUUUGCCUACAACUUUUAAAGAUCUCCUUAAUAAUUUUAUCAAAACAACUGAAAGUAAUAUAAUGAAGCUGACCAUUUGCAGUUAUCUAGAUUGUGAGCGAUCUUGUGAAGCUGACAUUUUAAAGAACACCAACUAUAAGGGAUUUUUUCAGUUAAUGUGCAGUAAAAGCUGUUGUGUUUAUUUUCAUAAAAUUUGUUGGAAAAAGUUCAAGAAUUUAAAAUAUCCAGGUGAAAAUGAUCAGAGUUUUAGUGGGAAAAAAUGUUUGAAGGAAGGAUGUACAGGUGACAUGGUAAGGAUGCUACAAUGUGAUGUCCCUGGAAUUGUUAAAAUUUUGUUUGAAGUUGUGAGAAAGGAUGAAUAUAUAACCAUUGAAAAUUUAGGAGCAAGUUAUAAAAAGUUGAUGUCUCUGAAAAUCACUGAUACUGAUAUAAGACCGAAGAUCAGUUUAAAAUUUAAUACAAAAGAUGAAAUGCCUAUCUUCAAACUUGACUAUAAUUAUUUCUAUCAUCUGCUUCAUAUAAUUAUUAUUUCUGGUACUGACAUUGUCCGGCAAAUAUUUGAUGAGGCUUUGCCACCCCCUCUUUUGAAAAAAGAGCUUCUUAUACACAAGAAUGUGCUGGAACCCUACUACAACCAUCUUUGGACCAAUCACCCUUUGGGGGGAGCAUGGCAUCUGCUUUAUCCCCCAAAAAAGGAGCUACCACAGUCCAAACAGUUUGACUUAUACCUCCUAUUAGCUCUCAUAAAACAUUUGAAUGUAUUCCCUGCACCAAAAAAAGGCUGGAAUAUGGAACCACCAUCUUCUGAUCUCUCUAAGUCUGCAGACAUCCUGAGGCUGUGCAAAUACAGGGAUAUCCUCCUUAGUGAGAUUUUGAUGAAUGGUCUCACUGAGUCACAAUUCAAUUCAAUUUGGAAAAAAGUUUCAGAUAUUCUUCUGCGCCUUGGGAUGAAGCAAGAGGAUAUUGACAAAGUGAAGGAGAAUCCCAUUGAAAAUAUCUCCCUUGAUUACCAUCAGCUGUCCAUCUACCUAGGCAUACCAGUACCAGAAAUCAUCCAGAGGAUGUUAUCCUGCUAUCAGCAAGGAAUUGCUCUACAGUCAAUAACAGGCAGUCAACGUAUUGAAAUAGAAGAGUUGCAGAAUGAGGAAGAAGAACUAAGUCCACCUCUCAUGGAAUACAAUAUAAAUGUGAAAUCAAACCCUGAAAUACAGUUAACAGAAAUGAAUAAAGAUGGGGCAUCGAUACCCAGUGAAUCUUCAACAGAAUCUGUUAAAGAUCUCCAGGAAGUUAAGAGUAAACCAAAGAAAAAGAAAAAGACUAAGAAUAAAAAGAAUAAGGAAUCAAAAGAAGAGCAAGUCCCAAAAAUGGUAGGAAAGGAAGAGCAGUUGAAGAAAGAGCCAGUAAAUCUACACCCAGUCAGUAGAUUUAUGAAAGAUGAUGCAAGUGAUGUUCAGGAAGAUUCUGCUACUGAAGACAAGUUCUAUAGCCUGGAUGAAUUGCAUAUUCUGGACAUGAUAGAGCAGGGCUCAACCAGCAAGGUGACUGCAGAAUAUGGAGAAACUGAGAAGGAAAAGCUUGCUCGACAACGGCAACUUUAUAAAUUGCACUAUCAGUGUGAAGAUUUCAAAAGACAAUUGAAAACAGUGACUUUUCGAUGGCAAGAAAACCAAAUGCAGAUUAAAAAGAAAGACAAAAUCAUUGCAUCUCUUAACCAACAAGUGGCUUUUGGAAUCAAUAAGGUUUCCAAAUUACAGCGUCAGAGUCAUGCUAAAGAUAAUGAAAUCAAGAACCUUAAAGAGCAACUUUCCAUGAAGAGGUCUCAGUGGGAGAUGGAGAAGCAUAAUCUGGAAAGCACAAUUAAAACAUACCUAAACAAACUGAAUGCAGAAACUAGCAGAGCUUUAACGGCUGAGGUGUAUUUCUUACAGUGUCGUAGAGAUUUUGGUUUGCUUCACCUAGAGCAGACUGAGAAGGAGUGCCUCAGCCAGCUUGCCAGGGUGACUCACAUGGCGGCAAGCAACUUAGAAUCACUUCAAUUAAAGGCUGCAGUAGAUAGUUGGAAUGCGAUUGUGACGGAUGUUAGAAACAAGAUUGCAUUCCUCAGGACACAGUACAAUGAACAAAUUAACAAAGUGAAGCAAGGGUUCGCCUUGAGUACCUUGCCUCCAAUCCAGCUUCCUCCACCACCACCCAGUCCUGAGAUACUGAUGCAGCAGUUCUUGGGAAGACCCCUUGUGAAAGAAUCUUUCUUUAGACCCAUACUCACUGUUCCUCAAAUGCCUGCUGUUUGCCCUGGAGUCAUCUCUGCACCUGGCCAACCUAGAGCCCCUCUGAUGACUGGCAUAGCCUGGACUGUGCCGGCACCUGUGGGAGAGGCUGUGCCUCCCAGCGCAGGUCUGGGAAGUGAUGCCCCUGUGAUGAAUUGGGAGAGGAUCACAGACAGGCUGAAAACUGCCUUUCCACAACAGACCAGAAAGGAGCUUACAGAUUUCUUACGGAAAUUAAAGGAUGCUCAUGGGAAGUCCCUAUCUGGAAUGACAUUUGAUGAAAUUGUUUACAAGAUUUCUCAAUUUAUGGACCCCAAGAGAUCACAGAAUCAAGGAAAAUCAGUGCCAAAUGGUAACUGUGUUUCACCCAGCCAUACUCCACUGCAGUCUAAUGCUGCCCAGCCCCCAAAACCAGCCUGGAGGCCCCUCAAUUCACAAGGUCCUGCCACGUGGGAAGGAGCCAAUAAUUUGGAUGGUGAGGAAGAGGAGGAGGAGCCUUGUGUGAUCUGUCAUGAGAAUCUCUCUCCAGAAAACCUCUCAGUUUUGCCUUGUGCUCACAAAUUCCACUCUCAGCCGUAUUGCUCAGCAAACCACAGCGAAGGUGCCGGGAUUACACAGUCGGUUUGGCCAUCCCGCAGAGGAGGCCUUGCGAGCCCCCAGAAGACGUGCUGGUCUGCAGCUCUGAUAUCAGAGGAGCAGCUGCCUCUGCGAUGGUCAGUCUGAGAGACUGACGGGAAUCUUGUUGCUCCUAGUGCAUUAGGCCUUGGCUGAUGCAGCAGGGGACCUGCCCAACCUGCAGACUCCACGUUUUGCUACCGGAAGAAUUUCCUGGUCACCCCAACCGGCACUUGCCCAAGAUCUGACACAUGGGGGGAACUACGCAAAGGAAGCUCAGUUUUCAGACUCUAGAAUUUAGUUUUAUCUUUUAUUAUGAGCUGAUAGUGUGAGUGGUGUGAAGCAGUAUGCUCUUCAGUAUUGUGCAAAAGAAGCUAGCUAAUCUUAUCAAAGCUGCAGCCAAAGAGGACAGGACAAAUCUUCAGGACUAUGGACUGAACUGAAAGGGCUUCAAGAAGAUGGAAUUUUAAAAGUUACAUUAUAUUUGCCCUUGUCUUAGUAGGCAUUUUCUUCCAAUGUAAACAUAAUAACUGUUAGCCUAUGUCUUAGGAUGUCUUUUCUUGUCUUUUUUCCUUCUUAUUCCAUUCAUUCCUUACUUUCCCCCAAAUACACUACAUUUUAAUUUCCUGAAAUAAAUUUAAGAGGAAGAGUAGAACCAGAAACAAGAGAAGUAGGAAAAUUCCACAGCGUUUAGUGUUCCUUUUAACUUUUAAAAUUGCUUACCAAAAUUAUAAUUGAAUUACUUAAAUUUUAUCUUUAUCAUCCUCAUUCUUUUCUGUCCUCUGAAAUAUGUACCCAUGAAGAGAUUAUAAGCUACUUGAGGGUGGGGACCAUGCUGUGUUGUCUUGGAGCUGGCUUAUAAUGGCUUGUGAGAGAUGACUGUUAAAGUUUUGGGAAUUUUGUGAGCCAGUUACUCAAAUUGUUGGUAGCUUGAAAUUGGCCAUAGUGGGAGUAUUUACACCAUAGAAAUUAGUAAAUGCUGUAAGGGUUUCUCUUCCCCUUAAGAACUGGUUGUUUAACAUUUACCGGCACAGCACUGGGACCGGACCGUGUCUGAUCCUUCUUGGUGUUCCUAUUGUAUUGCACAGUAGGUGCAGCAUAAAUAUUUCCAGAAUCAGAAAUCAGGAAGUAGUAAGAAAAGGAGUUAAUGUGCAAAUUAAGUCACUUGCUCACUUGAAUAAUUGAGAUCGUGUAUUCAUUUGUAAACAUGCCUUUGGACCUUAAUCAUUUACACUUUCGAGGGAUUUUUUCUCUGCCUUAAAACUUUCUAAUUUCACUUUCUCAUGCUGGGGAGUGUGGGGGACCGUGUGUAGUUGUGUGUUAUGACAAAGUUAAUACCCACUGGGCUACAUUGCAUAUCUAAAGCUUGUCACUGAGAGCUUUUAUUCUUAGAGGUCAAAAACCUAUUUUGAAAAUAGUAUUGUGUAAAUGCUGUAAGUGUUGUACAUGUCUCUAGUUAUAAGAUUAAAAGCAUUCAGUUAUUUUGUAAGCUAGAUGUUACUUGGUUCAUAUUCUUUUCGAUAAAUUAAUGAAAUUGAGACUGUGAAUAAGUGUUUCCUGACUCAGCAACUAUUUUAUCUGUAUAUUUCAGUGUAAAUGUAUCUUGAAGUUACUUUAAAUCUCUAUUUAAAACCACUAUUUCUGUAAUUCUAUGCUAAAUGUUUUCUUCUGUAAUGAGAAUAUACUGGAAAAUGUGAAGAAAAAUAGCCACAAAUGAAGGCAGUCAUCUAGACAUGUAAAAUGCCAAGAAUGCCUCAGAAUUGUAAAAUUCAGAACUUACAGAGCCUUUAAUCAUCAUCUUGUCUAACACCUCAAGGUCGUGGUCAAGUCCAUAUAGCAAAUUGCCUUGUAAAACAAAUGUUUCUUAGUUUGUGUUUACAGCUGCAAUUUCACUUUCAUGUGGGAAUGAAUAAAUGUUUCUUAAUUGAACACCUA